UCAUGGCUGCACAGUAAGUACUGUGUGUGGAAGUAAGUCAUGUGCACGUGCAUGUGAUUGUGUGGUGUGGUGCAUGGCAAUAGGGCUGACCAGCCGUGUGCGCUGCACUGCAAAUCGGUCGCCGGCCCUCCGCCAGGACUCCUCAGCCUUCAGCAGCUUCCCUGCAAGGAAAGCAUUCAGAGGCACAUGAACGAUGACCCCUUCCAUCACAUCAUCGUGGCGGCGUACCUCCCAAGUAGUGGUGGUUCUCCAGAAGCUUGAGCAGGUCCAUCUCGAGGCUCCGGCGCGUCAUGCGGCUGAGCACUGCAGUCAGUCAUCACAGACGGCAAGAGAGGACACACAAUGACGGAGAAGAAACGAGCAUGCAGUGAGAACGGCCUUUCGGCGCCCCGCCCUCCCUCUUGCCCCGUCUGUCCGUCCGUCUAGUGUCUGUCUGUUUACUGGCUGGCUGCAUGGCUAUCCAUGUGUCCUCCUUACACUGCCGCAGACGCGCCAUCCUGUCUUUCCUCGCCGUCGGCCACUGCCCGAACUUUCGAGCGUCUCUAAACAGGUAGGCCUGCUGGGUACCGGUCGCCAUGGCUUUUGGGUGCUGCUCGGAAAAAGCGAUGUUGGGUGCUGCUCGGAGGUGCCCGUCCGCGGAUACUCCUCAGCCAUGACCACCCUCUCUACAAGGAAAGCAUUCAGAGGCGCAUGAACGAUGACCCCUUCCAUCACAUCAUCGUGGCGGCGUACCGCAAAGGUAUUGGUGGUUCUCCAGAAGCUUGAGCAGGUCCACCUCAAGGUCCGGGCGCGUCAUGCGGUCGAGCACUGCAGUCAGUCAUCACAGAAACCAAGAGAGGACACACAAUGACGGAGAACAAACGAGGAUGCAGUGAGAACGGCCUUUCGGCGCCGCGCCCUCCCUCUUGCCCCGUCUAUCCGUCUGUCCGUCCGUCUAGUGUCUGUCUGUGUACUGGCUGGCUGCAUGGCUAUCCAUGUGUCCUCCUUACACUGCCGCAGACGCGCCAUCCUGUCGUCCCUCGCCGUCGGCCACUGGCCGAAGUUGCAGGCCUCCCUAAACAGGUAGACCUCCUGGGUGUCGGUCGCCAU